UGAACCCUUGGGGAGACGGCCCUACCCCUGCAGGGCGGGCCUUCUGCACCUCUAACUGCAUAUAUAAUGCAGGUCUGAUUCGCCAGUGCGGUUCUGAGUUGCAUCAUGAAGUGUUAAUGACAGCAAGACUGACUUGACUGAGGGACAGUCAUUCCUGUGCCUGGCACCACGACCAGGAAGUGGUGGUGUCCCCAUUAUGAGGGAGUCCUGUCUGACAUGUCCCAGCAACACUCCAAAGACACUCCAUGCCAUCGUAAUCAUCCGGCUGGCUCACCUGCUUCUCCAAAAUGCUGUCCCUAUGGGAUUAAAGAAAUACUUGCCUUUCCUGAAUAUGUUUGAUCGCCUGCAUUUGGCUCCCAAAGAUUCCCAUCUGAACCUGGGUGAGAGUGAAGCGAGUUGCCACCACAGUGAAGAGCCACGCUCUGUAGAGUCUGGAGAUGCAACUGCUGCAACCGAUAUAUGUGACGAUACCAUAGAUGAUGUUAUCUUAGCACAGACAGGAGAAUGUAAUGAACAUCUGUUAGAUUCAAAAGAACUGUUAGUGCAACAUAUGGUGAAAGUUAAGCAGUGGUGGGAUGAUGAAGGAUGGUUUGGUAAACAAGACUCCAAACUCCGCAAGCAGCUGCGAGAAGCGUGCUCAGAGCUGCUAGAAUCUCUCGGCUUUAAGUGCCAGUGCCCUGUCCUUUUGAUGACUCUUGAAUUGAUGUUCUCCACAAAGGCUGGAUUUGGCAAGAGUGUGAGGACUGUCCCAUAUCCCUGCAGUGCUACCUUGAAAAACUUUCUUUUGAAGCUUCAACCUUUCGGAAUAGAGAAGCUAUACACUGCUAAUUUACAGUUUGACUGCCCAUCUGUUGUUGUUACUAUUUGUAAAAAUUCUCCCUUGAUUAAAUGGAUUCAUCUGAGAAUAGAAUUUGCCAAGGGGGAAAUUUUGAGAGAAAUAGGUCACACUGCUCCUGGCAUUGAGACAGUUAUUGUUGUUGUCAGAGAAUAUGAAAUAUAUGAGGAAAUAUCAUCUACUGUUGAAAUUGUCAUUGUUGGUGGGGAGGGUCUUGAGGAUAAUUUAUACACAGGCUUUUUUGAUGGUCUAGACAAAAAUUCUGUGAAUCAUAAAAUCCAGAAUGAUGAGGAUAUGAGAAUCUCUUUCCCGAAACUAAAAUAUGUUGAUGUUGGAAGCCACCGAGAUGUGCGGGAGUUCUUGCAUCACCUUCUAUAUGCAUACCCAGAUAUAAGAUGUAUCACAUGUAAUUCAGAAAAUUGGGUCUUGAGCAAAUAUUCUUUUGAUUUUCCACCUGUAACUCCAUCAACUUUAGGUAGGGGUCCCAAGUCUUUACGAAAAAAAACACCCAAUUAUAACCUAAGAGAGAUGAGCUUUUCAUCAUUUUGCCUGGCAUCAAAAUUACGUGAUAUUUUUACUAAAUAUAGAAAGUUGGAGCAUGUUGGUUUGCAUUUACUGAAAGGUCCUUGGAAGAUUAAAUCAACCAGUGAAACUGCUAAAGAGCUUCUUUGUACAAUUAAUUGCAAGUACUUAACUAUCUGUGUUGAUGUAUACAUGAGUAAUGAUGACUUACUAAGUUUAUACAUACCAUCAUUGCAAGCAACUGGAUCAUCUCUGAGAAUAUUACAGUUUCACCUUACUAAUGAGGUGAAUGUUAAGGUUUUAUGUCAGCUGAUCAACAUGUGCCAGUUUAUAGAGGAGCUGUCACUUGUAACAUCUUGCGAAAGAUGUGAAGUUGAAGGCGAGGACACAGAUGAAAUUCAUAUUAAUGAAUUAUCUCGGUUGAAAUGCUUGAGCAUCUCUAGUCCCUAUAAUGUUACAGAUGCUCUAUAUUUACUGUCGCAAAGACUUAUAUUCUCUGCCACAAAUCUAAUUACUUUAGAGCUUGAACUUGGUGGACGAAAAGUAACAGAAUGGUUGAUGGAGAUUGCCUCAAGAGGGGCUCUUGAAUCACUAGAAAUCUUUCACAUCAAUUUACCAAGUUAUAAGUUUGAUACAUUGAUAAUAAGCAACUUCUUCCUUCCUUUGAUUAAUUUAUUGCCUCAUCUUUCAUGCUUAAUGCUGAGCAAUGUUUGCUUCUGUGUUGUCCAUAUAUUAAGAGCACGAUAUCAGUUCUCAAACUUGAGAAUUAUUUCUAGGACUUCAUCGUACUUGGCAUUCAGAAGUCUAUCUUCUAGGUGCUGUUGAGUAUAUGCUUUAAUAUGAAUGUUAUUGAAACUUUUCAAUUAAGUCAAGCAAUGUGAUACUGUACUGUACAUUCCGGUGGCGUCUGGGAUUUUGUCUUGGAAACAGUUUUAACCCAGUCACCGCAUAUUUUUGUUUCGCUACUGGUUGCAUUUUUCAAGUAAGAACAUGAAUUACUUUUCCAUUGAUACCAUUCUUAAAUUUAGUUCUUAAAUAUUUUCGUACAGUAUUUAAACAAUUUGUUUUUGAGUCUAUUCUCUAAUGAAAAAAAUGAUCCUGGUAACUUUAUACAAAGUUAUUAAGUGAUCUUAAAGAAUAGAAUAUCAUAAAUAAAACAAAUAGGCAUAAGUGCUAAAAUAUUGUGUUUGUCCACUUUUUAUUUAUAACAAGUUAAUUAAUGCGAACAAGCCUGAAUGGUCCCCAGGCGUAUAUGCAACGGAAAACUCCACCCCCAGAAGUGACUCGAACCCAUACAGC